UUGUUUGUAACUCGUCUACGUAAGUGGUAGAGUUUCUACCGAGGGGGUAUCCAGUUACCCUUUUUCCAGCUUUAGACUGGGAACCUCUCCCCUGUAGUACUCGGGCGCAUAUCGCAUUUGCUUUAUCGCCUUUUUCUUGUUAAAAGAAAAUAAACUUUAGUCUUUCUAAGUGGACAGACAUGAGCAUCGAAACGCUUUUGGAAGCGGCCAAGUUUUUGGAAUUGCAAGCCCUGCAACAACAGAAAGCACGUGAGGAUGAACUAAAGGAGAAGCAGCGUCUGAAGCAGUUGGCAGAGCAGAGGCAAUCUGAUGUGAACUAUAACUCCGCAACCCACAUCAACCAUGUUCCUAAAGCAGAGGAGCUGCGACCUGAGUGCCGCCCGGCACCCAUACCACCCUCUCUGCCUCCCCCCUCCAUGCCCAUCGCGGUCAUCCCCAUCCCUAUGGUCACACCCAACCCUACAGGCUCACCCACCCUGCCCGUUGCCACGCUCUCCCCUCCAGCUGCUCCACCACCUGCCGCCACUUUGCCGCGCUCCCCACAACCCAAACCCGACCAACCAACAUCUAUCCUGACCCCCAACCACAAGCAGCUGAUACAGAACCACAAUCAUCACCCACAGCUCAUCACCCAAACUAACAACACUAAACUACCGCAGCAGACACACCAGCAGCUGGUUCAUCGGUAUCCUGGUUCCAUCGUGUCGCCCCCACAGCAACAUGCCUUACUCCCUCAGUCAGGCCCUGUGCUCCAGCAGGCUCCUCUACAGAACAGCCCUGUCAGCCGGGGGAGUCCUCCUGAUGACGGCCGCCAGCUAGACAAGAAGAGGCCUGGAGGGGCAGGCACAAGAGAAGUGCAUAACAAGCUUGAGAAAAACAGACGAGCACACUUGAAGGAGUGCUUUGAGACGCUGAAAAAGAACAUCCCCAACAUUGAUGAGAAGAAGACCUCCAAUCUGAGUGUGCUGAGAAGUGCGCUGAGAUACAUCCAGACGUUGAAGCGGAAAGAGAAGGAGUACGAGCAUGACAUGGAGCGACUGGCCAGAGAGAAGAUCGCCACGCAGCAGCGAUUAGCGGAGCUGAAGAACGAUCUGAGCCAGUGGAUGGAUGUGAUUGAGAUCGACCGCGUCCUCCGACAGACAGUGCAGCCAGAGGAGGACCAGGCCUCCACCUCCACUGCCUCAGAAGGUGAAGACAUUAUGGACGACGACCUGGAAGAUGAGACUGAGCAGAGAGCACAGCCUGCCUUACCCUCCGUGCCUCAAACCAUGAAACCUGAGCUGCACAAGACUGCAACACCCACUCAGACCCCGAACCUGACCCUAACACCCACCACACCCACCACUACCUCUUUUAUUACCCAACACAUCUCCAUCCAGCACAAAGUCCCUCUGCACCAGCCUCAGCUCCAGCCCCUGGCAGCAACUCCUCCGCAGCCAGUGUCCAAGCCCGCGGCCCCACCUACACUCACGACCUCCAGCACUCCCACCACCCCCAGUCAGCCUUUGAUCCCCACCCAGACACAGAUGGUGACCGCGUCCAGCCUACACCCCACAGUCAUCGCUCACGCUUCAGUGUCCCAUCCCUCAGUCAUCCAAGCAGUCAAUCACGUCAUCCAAGGCGGGGGACCCAAACAUAUUGCCCACCUAGCUCCCUCCACCACUACCACCAGCACUGUCCAGUUAGCCCCCGGCCACCAACCCAUCGGCCACAUCACCGUGCACCCUGUGGCUCACCUGAGCCAGCAUCUACCUGCCCUUUACCCCCAACCGGUGGCCGUCACACAGUCGGCUGUGGUCGGCCAUAUCACCCACACCCUGAACCACACCCACCCUCACAUGAACGGCACCGCAACGAGCCAACCAGCUGCCACCAUCGUUGGCAAGCAGACAGCAGUGAGCACACAAAUGGUGACCCACCACCCGCAGCUGGUGGGUCAGACGGUGCUCAACCCUGUGGCAAUGGUGACCAUGCCCUCCUUCCCCAUCAGCACUCUGAAGUUGGCCUGAACGCUGCCGACAGGACCACCGAACCGGGAGACAGAGACGCCCCUCGAUAGGGGAGAACCACAGGCCUCAGAUCAGGCCACUGACAAGUCCACAGUGAGGGUGAGCAGGUGGACACCUGGCUGAUCCACAGAGAGUCACUAUCAUUCAGAAGCAUUACAGCUGAUAUCAAGACGGGAACAUUCCUACAAAAAGAACUCUUAUUACCAGUCCAGCAGUGUCCUGAAAUUUUGAUCCUGAAUUUAGGAUAUGGUCAAUAGUCAUCAUGUUGUGUAUGUGUGACAGUAUACGCUGGGCAGCCCCUUACUUGUCAUCCAUUGUUACAGAUAGAGGAGCAGUAGUCAUUUUCAUAGGAGCUUUAUACAAACAGCUUCAUCUUGGGAAAUGCCAGCACAGUGUCCGUGUCAGCCCCCUGUUACAGUGUUGAUGUCAUUACUAGGUGGUGGUCAGACUCUCCGUUAUCACUGUGACUGCUGUGAAUUAACCAGUAGUUGAUCAUGUACUUGAGAGGCUACAUUGGGUUUUGACUGCUGUGACAGUGUAGGAUCAGAGUGCUCAACCCGCCAUAACCAGCACAUUGGGAAUGUGAUGUAGAGGAGCUCCUCCUCUCCAGCAGAGGCACAUGCUGCAGGGCUGGAGCAAAAUCAUGGGCUGAACUAAAGCUCCAGAUCAGGAGCUGCAGUCCUCAGUGAUGGUGCAUACAGCAAUUGCUCCCCCUGCUGGCAGAUUGUGUUCAAUGUAGUACUACUCCGUGUUACAGUAGUAUGAUGCUGAGGAUAUUAUUCAAACAAUGGCCACUUAAAGGUCCAGUGUGUAGGAUUUAGGGGGAUGCAUUGGCAGAAAUGGAGAAUAAUAUAAUAAGUAUGCUAUGUUUGCUUAAGUGCGUAAUCACCUAAAAAUAAUAAUAGUUGUGUUUCCUUUACCUUAGAAUAGGCCAUUUAUAACUACAUUGGGAGCAGGUCCUUAUCCAUAGAGAUGGACAUGUUGCACUGCCAUGUUUCUACAGUAACCCAGAACAGACAAACCAAACACUGGCUCUAGAUAGAGCCAUUCACUUAGUUUAGUAGUUAGCAGCCCCUUCACGACAAGAGCAGCGGAAAAAC